AUGUCUCGGCAGUCAACCUGCAGAAGCUUUGGAGGCGGAAGCAAAAGGGGAUUCAGCUCUUGCUCUGCCAUCGGUGGUGGCUUUGGAGGAUGUGGGGGCAGAAGCAGGAUCAGCUAUAGCUCAUUCUCCACAUCCAGGGGAUUUGGAGGCAAUGGACGUUGUGCAGGUUUUAGCAGCAGGAGCCUCCAUAACAUGGGUGGCAACGGAAGGAUUUCCAUGGGUGGCCCUUUUGGCGGUGGAUAUGGAUGUAGAAUUGGUGGCUUUGGUGGAGGCUUUGGAGGAGGAUUUGGCAGCAUUGGAGGAGGUGUCAUUGGUGGAGGAAUAGGUGGCUUUGGUGGUCCUGUGAGAGGUGGUCCUGGGUUUCCUGGAGGCAUCCAGCCGGUGCAGGUUGACCCAACCCUCCUGCGGCCAGUCCAUGUCGAUAUUGACCCUCAGAUCCAACAAGUGAAGUGCCAGGAGAAGGAGCAGAUCAAGACUCUUAACAAUCAGUUUGCCUCUUUCAUUGACAAGGUCCGCUUCCUGGAGCAACAGAACAAGGUCCUGGCCACCAAGUGGGAGCUGCUCCAGCAGCAAGGGCCUAUGGGCCCAAGGAAGAACCUCGAUGUCAUCUUUGAAAACUACAUCCAGAACCUGAGGAGGAGGCUGGAGACUCUCCUGGGACAGAGGGGGCAGCUCGAGUCGGAGCUGCAGAACAUGCGGCAAUACGUGGAGGAGUACAAAACCAAGUAUGAAGAAGAAAUCAACAGGCGCACUGCUGCUGAGAAUGAGUUCGUGGUGCUCAAGAAGGAUGUGGACUGUGCCUACAUGACCAAAGUAGAGUUGGAAGCCAAAGUGGGAGCUCUGACAGAUGAAAUCAACUUCCUGAGGUGCAUCUACGAGGAGGAGCUGGCUCAGAUGCAGACCAUCAGCCGGGACCUGUCCGUGGUGGUGUCCAUGGACAACAACCGCCAUCUGGACCUGGACAGCAUCAUUGAGGAGGUCAGGCGCCAGUACGAGCAGAUCGCCCAGAACAGCAGAGCUGAAGCUGAGGCUUGGUACCAGAGCAGGUAUGAAGAGCUGCAGAACACUGCUGGAAGGCAUGGGGACAGCCUCCGCAACACCAAGAUUGAGAUCCAAGAGCUCACCAGGAAUGUGCAGAGGCUUCGCGCUGAGAUUGAGAACGUCAAGAAGCAGAACCAUCAGCUGCAAUCAGCUAUUGCUGAGGCUGAGGAGCGGGGUGAGAUGGCCCUGAAGGAUGCCAGGAGGAAACUGGAAGAGCUGGAGUGUGCUCUGAGCAAAGACAAAGAGGAGCUGGCUCGCUUGCUGAAGGAGUACCAGGAGCUGCUCAAUAUCAAGAUUGCACUGGACGUUGAGAUUGCCAUGUAUAGGAAGCUGCUGGAGGGAGAGGAGAACAGGCUCUGUUUCGAUAACCCGUCCAACGUCAAUGUCUCUGUGGUAGGCAGAGGCUCCUUGGCUGGAGGCAGACCCUGUGGCUUUGGCCCCAGCAAUGGCAUGGGAGGAGGAGUGUGUGUGGUCGGAGGAGGAAACAUCAUCGGAGGCAACUGUGGCAUGGGAGGAGCAAUACUGACCAGCGGCUUCUCCUCUGGAAGCGGGAGGAUGUGCAGCCCCGGAGGUGGCAACUUCAUGGCCGGGGGUGGAUCUUCCUCAGUGCGGAGAUGUGUCACCACCACAACGGUCAAAUCUUCAGGUGUAAAAUACUGA